AUGCAGCUCAGUUGGAAGGAUAUCUCUACCGUGCCAAAUGCCAAUGAUUUGUUGGAUAUUGUUCUUAACAGAACCCAACGUAAAACCCCAACUGUGAUCAGACCUGGUUACAAAAUCACUCGUAUCAGAUCCUUUUAUAUGAGAAAGGUCAAGUUCACAGCCGAAGGUUUUAAUGAAAAGCUCGAUGAUAUUUUGUCUGGAUUCCCAAAGGUUGAUGAACUCCAUCCUUUCCAUCGUGAUUUGAUGGAUACCUUAUAUGAAAAGAAUCAUUAUAAAGUUUCUUUGGCUGCCGUCUCCAGAGCCAAGUCUUUGAUUGAACAAGUUUCCAGAGAUUAUGUCAGAUUGUUGAAGUUCGGUCAAUCUUUAUUCCAAUGUAAACAAUUGAAAAGAGCUGCUUUGGGUAGAAUGGCUACCAUUGCCAAAAAGUUGAAGGAUCCUUUAACUUAUUUGGAACAAGUUAGACAACAUUUGGGUCGUUUGCCUUCUAUUGAUCCAAACACCAGAACCAUUGUCAUCUGUGGUUAUCCAAACGUCGGUAAAUCCUCUUUCUUGAGAUCCGUCACCAAAGCCGAUGUUGAAGUCCAACCAUAUGCUUUCACCACUAAAUCUUUGUACGUUGGUCAUUUUGACUACAAGUACCUCAGAUUUCAAGCUAUUGAUACCCCAGGUAUAUUGGAUAGACCUGUCGAAGAUAUGAAUAAUAUUGAAAUGCAAUCCAUUUAUGCAAUUGCCCAUUUGAGAUCGACCGUCAUGUACUUUAUGGAUAUUUCCGAACAGUGUGGCUUCUCUGUUGAAGCUCAAGUCAAGUUGUUCAACUCUAUUAAGCCAUUAUUCGCCAACAAGUCUGUGAUGAUUGUUUUCAACAAAAGUGAUAUUAUUAAGAUCGAAGACUUGAGCCCAGAACGUCAAGAAUUGAUCAAAUCCAUCACCAGCCAAACCGGGGUUGAUGUUGCCGAAAUCUCUUGUCAAGAUACUGAAAAUGUUAUGGCUACCCGUAAUAAGGCUUGUGAAAAAUUGUUGAGUGCUAGAAUAGAACAAAAAUUGAAGGGUGUUGGUAAGUCCAACAACGUUCUUAACAAGAUUCAUGUUUCUACUCCUCAAGCUCGUGAUGAUGUCGAACGUAAACCAUAUAUUCCAGAAGCUGUGCAAUACUUGAAAAAAUUCGAUCUCGAUGAUCCAGAAAGAAGAAGAUUGGCCAGAGAUGUUGAAGCUGAAAACGGUGGUGCUGGUGUCUACAACAUCAACUUGAAGGACAACUAUCUUUUGGACGAUGAUGACUGGAAGAAUGAUGUUAUGCCAGAAAUCCUUAACGGUCGUAAUGUCUACGAUUUCUUGGAUGCUGAUAUAAUAGAGAAAUUGAAGGCAUUGGAAGAAGAAGAAGAAAGAUUAGAAAAAGAAGGUUUCUACGAUUCUGACUCAGAAAUUGAAGAUGAAGAAGCUGAAGAAAUUAGAGAAAAAGCUACUUGGAUCCGUGACAAACAAAAGAAGAUGAUCCACGAUGCUAGAACUAGAAAAUCCAUCAAGAACCGUGCUAUCAUGCCACGUAGUAAGCAAGUCAAGAACUACGGUGAUAUGGAAAAACAUUUGGCUUCAUUGGGUCACGAUACUACUGCUUUGGCUAACCGUAAAAGAUCAUUGCGUGGUUCUGGUUACGAUGAAAGAGGUGCUGAUGUUGUCAUGGAUGAAUCUGGACCUUCCAAGAAGCGUAAAACUCCACUCAAACAAGGUGACAAACGUAAUGCCGGUAUCACUGACGAAGUUGCUAGAGCAAAGGCCGAGAAAUUGGCCAAGAUCCAACGUCGUGAUCGUAACAGAGAAGCUAGAAAGGGUGAAGGUGAUCGUCACCAACCUGUCUCUUUGUCCAAACAUUUGGUUUCUGGUAAGAGAGGUAUUGGUAAGACUGACUUUAGAUGA